UUUACGGAGAGUAGGGCUCUGGGACUCAUCACGAAGCCAAGAGAAAGAUAACUGCUAACGCGGGGUCAGCUCUGCGAUUGUUGUGGGGGACCUGGGGUGGAAUCUGCCGGGCUCUGCUUCCACGCGUCAGUUAUAAGCAUGAAGCGCAGUUCAGUUUCUACUGGUGGUGCUGGCCGCCUCUCUAUGCAGGAGUUACGAUCCCUGGACCUCAAUAAACCAGGCCUUCAUACCCCUCAAACCAAAGAGAGAUCAACCUUUGGAAAGCUGAGUACAAACAAACCUACAUCUGAGAGAAAAGUCUCAAUAUUUGGUAAAAGGACUAGCGGGCAUGGAUCCAGGAAUAGUCAACUCGGUAUAUUUUCCAGUUCUGAAAAAAUCAAGGACCCAAGGCCACUUAAUGACAAAGCAUUCAUUCAGCAAUGUAUUCGACAGCUCUAUGAGUUUCUUACAGAAAACGGUUAUGUAUAUAGUGUAUCCAUGAAGUCCCUACAAGCUCCAUCUACCAAAGAUUUCCUAAAGAUCUUCGCCUUUCUUUUUGGCUUUCUGUGCCCAUCAUAUGAACUUCCUGAUUCAAAAUUUGAAGAAGAGGUCCCAAGAAUUUUUAAAGACCUUGGGUAUCCCUUUGCACUGUCCAAGAGCUCCAUGUAUACAGUGGGAGCCCCUCACACCUGGCCUCACAUCGUGGCAGCCUUGGUCUGGCUCAUAGACUGCAUCAAGAUUCAUAAUGCCAUGAAAGAAAGCUCACCUUUAUUUGACGAUGGGCAGCCUUGGGGAGAAGAAACUGAAGAUGGAAUUAUACACAAUAAGUUGUUUCUGGACUACACCAUAAAAUGCUAUGAGAGUUUCAUGACCGGUGCUGACAGCUUCGAAGAGAUGAAUACAGAGCUGCAGUCAAAGCUGAAGGAUUUAUAUAAGGUAGAUGCAUCCAAGCUGGAAUCACUAGCAGCAGAAAACAAAGCAUUAAAUGAGCAGAUUGCAAGGCUGGAGCAAGAAAGAGAAAAAGAACCGAAUCGUCUCAUAUCAUUGAAGAAACUGAAAACUUCCUUACAAGCAGAUGUUCAAAAGUAUAAAGCAUACAUGAGCAACUUGGAGUCUCAUUCGUCCAUUCUGGACCAGAAACUGAGUGGUCUUGAUGAAGAAAUUGGUAGAGUAGAACUAGAAUGUGAAACAAUAAAACAGGAGAACGCUCGACUACAGAAUAUUGUUGAUAACCAGAAGUACUCAGUCGCUGACAUUGAGAGAAUAAAUCAUGAAAAAAAUGAAUUGCAGCAGACCAUUAAUAAGUUAACCAAAGACCUGGAGGCCGAACAACAACAAAUGUGGAAUGAGGAAUUAAAAUACGCCAGAGGCAAAGAGGCCAUUGAAGCACAGUUAGCAGAGUACCACAAGUUGGCUAGAAAAUUAAAGCUUAUCCCCAAAGGUGCUGAGAAUUCCAGAGGCUAUGACUUUGAAAUUAAGUUUAAUCCUGAGGCUGGUGCCAAAUGCCUUGUCAAAUACAGGGCUCAAGUGUAUUUACCUCUCAAAGAACUCUUGAAUGAAAAUGAAGAAGAAAUUAGCAGAGCUGUGAAUAAAAAGAUCGGCCUAGAGGAUGCUUUGGAACAACUGAACACCAUGAAAACAGAAAGCAAGAGGAUUGUGAGGACGCUGAAGGAAGAGGUUCAAAAGCUGGAUGACCUUUACCAACAAAAAGUUAAGGAAGCUGAGGAAGAAGAUGAGAAGUGUGCCAAUGAGCUUGAGUCCCUGGAGAAACACAAACACCUGCUAGAGAGCGCUGUAAAUGAGGGCCUCAGUGAAGCCAUGGAUGAGCUAGAGUCUGUCCAGCGGGAAUACCAAUUAGUUGUGCAGACCACCACUGAAGAAAGGAGAAAGGUGGGAAAUAACUUACAGCGUCUUUUAGAGAUGGUUGCCACACAUGUAGGGUCUUUGGAGAAACAUCUUGAAGAACAGAUUGCUAAAGCUAACAGAGAAUAUGAAGAAUGCAUGUCUGAAGAUCUUCUGGAAAAUAUCAGAGAGAUUGCAGAGAAAUAUAAGACUAACGCUGUCCUGUUUAAGGCUCCUGAUGAAUGAAGAUAAAUUAAUGGUGCUUAUCUUGUAUCUUUCAUAGACAUAACAUUAGCUGAAAGUAUUUAUAUUCCAAAAUUGUGGUAACAUGAUAGAUUAACCUUUUAGAUGUAACAGACCAGUUAAUAAAGUAUAUUAGUGAGUUUUCCCUGACAUUUCUGUGAUGUGAUGAGAAGGUACAUGGUAUGGUCUACACUGGAAGUUAGAAAUACAGUGGAACCAAGUUAGAUACACCCAUUCACUGCCUACAAGUUCUUUCCUGCUGUGAUGGCAGUUAUAAAAUAUGCAACAGAGACUGCUUGGCCUGCAAAGCCAGAUGUAUUCCUUGUCCUGUGACUUUUCCUGGGGAGAUAGGAAGAAGCAUCU